UACCAAUGAUAUUAUAUUAUAUAGCAGUGCAAUGUUGUGCUAAAGAAUGAACUUCGCGGUGUGAAUACAAACCCUGUCCCUGGCUGGUCGCUCCAGCCCGCAAUUCAGACUGUACUUUAUCUAUCCGACUACUCCGCAAGCAAUCCACACCUAAUCUUGGUAUAUGUUGGUCGGGUGGCUGCUAGCUAGUUAAUAUAUGUCGGAUGUGUUAGAAGUUGGGACGGAAGUCAGUGCUAAAUACCGUGGGGCUUUCUGCGAGGCCACAAUUAAACAUGUCAAAAAACUUAUCAAAAUACGGAUUUCAUGGAACAAGCCGUUAACGGGGUCAGCAACCGUAACUCAAGACAACAUUAGAGGUGUAGUCAAGAUGCAAAGCACAGUGGAAGCGAAGAAAGAUAAUGUGUGGUCUCCAGCAACAGUUCUCAAGAUUACUGAUGCAAGCACUUAUACUGUCGUGUUUGAUGAUGGGGACGAGCGGACACUAGGCAGGAACUGUGUGUGCCCACAAGGUGCCAAACACUUCAACGAGGAAUGGACGUUGGAUCACUUACCACUUACGAACCCUGAAAACUUUGGGACUCCCGUUAUUUUGGAGAGUAAAAAGCAGAGAAAAAGAAGAAAGGUCGAUGGUCCGGACAGUGGACGAAGUGCUCACUACAGCGAAGAGGAUGUAGGUAAAGUUGCGUUCUACGAUACCCGCUCAAAGAAGCAGACUCUGGUACCGGUACUGAUUACCUCUCACAGCCAGUGUGACGAGUUCGUAGCUACUAAUCCUGGCGAGGUUAUCGUUAGGAGCUUCAAAUCCGGCAAAUUCAUGUCGAUACCGAAGGAGGAUAUGUUACGAUUUGACAGAGAGACAGAACCUCUGCAAUCAAUCCUGACAAGUUCUUCUCAUAUUAUUGUCCUGAAACCAGCUCUAGAGAAAGCGCUAGCGUUCUACGACACCGGAGUAUUGCCGAUAUCCUGGGAAACUGACACCGAUUCUACUGUUCGCCUAACCGAGCCGGAAAACUUGAACAACGCUAAAUUAAAGAAACAAUUCAACAGUGGUCUGUAUGAGUACUGGGAGAAGAAAGGAAGUCCCAUAACACGGAGACCUAGUGUUGGUUACCACGAUCUAGACCUGUUUGAGCUGCAUUGCUUUGUAGCAGAGUGUGGGGGCCCGGACACUGUCACACAGAAUAUGAAGUGGAGGUCUAUAUGUGCUCAGAUGAACAUAUUAAACAUCCCUCCAAGUGGCUCUCACACAGUGAAGAAUGCUUACUGUAGAUACGUACUACCCUUCUUGGAGCAGUGGGACGGCAAAUCCAAAAGGAGGUCCUCUAUUUGCGAGAGUACAGAGGAAGGUGGAAAGAAGAGAGGUAGGGUCAGUACGCCGCUAUCCAAGGAACGAGGCACCCCUACAACGCCUCUCUCACAGGGCACCCCUUCUACGCCUCUCUCACAGGGCACUCCGUGCAGUAAAGGAAGAAGGAACAGUGUAAAGGAUCAGGAUGGAGAGAGUGCUGCUAGCAGUGAUUAUACCGAUUAUGAACAAAUGCCACACAUACACAAGUACUCUCUCGGUCAGAGAGUGAAGGUGUUGUACGGGGCCCCUAAAGCGUGUGGGAGCUACGAGGCAAAGAUAAACGACAAAAAUGUGGACAGUCGCACAGACCUGCCAAUAUACCACAUACACUAUACAGGCUGGAAUACCAGAUACGACGAGUGGAUCACUGAGGACAGUAUCGCUUCAUUAGUGACCAGGUCUAACAAGAAGAAGGGAACCUUAUUGGAUCCUGCUAAAGAUGUCAAAAACGUGCCUAAUCGUCGGAAGAUAGUUCCCAAGUACAAGAAGUAUAAGAAACAGCAGUCUGCCAGCGAGACAAGUUCAGACGACAAGAAUAGUCUGCCGGCUAGCGAGUGUAGUGAGCCGGAACUAGACAAACAGGAAGAUCUGCCUGAAAUCAAACAAGAGCCAAUGGAAGAAGAGGAAGAAGAGGAGGAAGAAGAAGAGGAGGAGAAAGAGGAGAGGGCAGCCUCCCCGCUCUACCAGCCAACUGUUAAGGUCGAGAGCUCUGUUGUCACUGGAGAUGUGACUUCUUCUCAGCCGUCUGACGAGAAGUUGUUGUGUGAGGAGACCUUUGAAGACGUGAUAGACACAGCAGUAACAUCAACUCAACAACCUGACCUCUCUCGUCAACCGGUGAGCGGUACAUCACGUCCGCAAGAAUGGUGUGGCCCUGUGAGCGGUACAUCACGUCCGCAAGAAUGGUGUGGCCCUGUGAGCGGUACAUCACGUCCGCAAGAAUGGUGCGGCCCAGCUACAUCACGUCCGCAAGAAUGGUGCGGCCCUGUGAGCGGUACAUCACGUCCGCAAGAAUGGUGCGGCCCAGUAAGCGGUUCAUCACGUCCGCAAGAAUGGUGUGGCCCAGUGGAAGAGGACAAGGCUAAAGAAGAAGCAGCUGCAAUCCUAAUGACUUUUCCUAGUACGUUUGCGAUGAAGCCCGGUCCAAUGACAGGACCUUGUGUAACCCCCGGACACAUCCUCCCGCCUCAUCUUCAGCUCACUUACCAGUUCCCCACACUGCAGGGAGUGUCCCCUACCAAAGAACAGGUGCUGAUAACGAGCAGUACGGGAGUUCCCACCCAAUACCUGGCCACCACCACCACCCGUACUACCACACUACCUGCUGCAGGCAUGGGUAAGAUGCCGGUCGCUCAGCCAGGUCACUGUAGCUCACCUGCCACGCCCCACUACGCCCACCAGUCUUCUUUACUUUCUCCUUCAUUUAGUGGCAGUAAAACUGGGCGGCUUAUCACUAAAUCAGGUAAUUUGUUGGUGGUAUCGGAAACAAUACCAAGUAACAUUAGCUCCAUGAUCAAAAUAGAAGACAAGAAGAAAAACAGAAAACGCAAAAUUCAGCAGGCUGACAGUACCUCUGAUAUAGGAUCACGUCUCCAACAGUUCGACUUCAGACCUGAUCCUUGUGAGGAUUGUGAUAAGAGACCAGAGGAGAGACCACGCCGGACAGAGCGUGAUAAAGCACGAAGAGGAACAGUAAAGAACAGUGAAGGAAGUAAGUUAGCAGGCUCAGGUGACAGAAGUGCUCCUCCUGCCCCUUACUGCUACGUGCGAGGCGGCACUGCACUUCCCCUCUACUAUAGCGGCUCUGAUAUCAUCCAGGGUGGAUACUACGUGCCGAUGAGACCACCAGGUAUGGGACCCUAUCCGCCCGGCUACUCCCCCAAGUUCCCUAUAACUAGUAUUCCUAUUCCCAAGACUGCUUCAGACAAAGACAACAACCCCGCAACAGAAUCGCCGCUUUUAGCAGAACCGGACAGUACAGUGGCAGACGAGAAGCCAGUAACGAGUGCGAUUACACAACAACCUCCAGAUUCAUUGGUUACCAUGGUUACACAAGUAGAUACACAAGUAGACACACCUGCUGUAGAUAAGGGAACCCCACAACCCUACACGACCCCCCCAUAUUGCACUCCGCCUCACGCCACCAGUAGCUCAGAAAAUCUCAAAUCGCCCAGUUACCCUGGUAACCCUGGUAACCCUGGUACCCCUGGUUUUCUAACUCCUCGUCCCACCACAUCUCCUGCAAACCUCGACUCAGACAGCUCCGACGAAAAGAACACCGUGCCAGGAAUGAGCCCCAUGAUAUUUAAUAACUCCACGUCGGAAUGUUCAGACAAAGAGGGCACCACUUCAAAGGUGAAGAUAUUUGACAAGGAUUUUGGUAUCCAUUUGUUCGAUCACCUAGAUCUACCAGAUAAGAUCCGUAGUAUGCAGGGCACAAUGGCCGAGUUACAGAAAUGCUAUCUUUUCUACAAAACUCAGAUUGCGGCUAUUGAAAAGAAAGAAAGGGAUAAGCGGAAAUCUAAGAAACGCCGAAAGAGCAAACAGCGCACUUCCUCCAUCUCUAAAAGCGAGAAAGAGGAGAAGCCUACGAUUUCUACGGAGCCAACUGAGAAAACAAAUGAAACCGUGUCCUCGUGACCGGAAACGUGGUAACUGUAGUGUAACUAUGGUAACUGUAGUGUAACUAUGGUAACUAGCAGUGUUACUAUGGUAACUGUAAAAUCAGGGGACUAUUAGCUAAUUCCGAUCAGGAUAACACUUUUAAAUCUAAUGGAACUGUUUUGAAGGGAAUUCUUUUAUUGUGCAUCUUGUACAGUAUCUGACUCACUGACUGGUAUAUUGUAAAUAACUGGUCCAAUCUUGUGGGGGAAACUAUUUGCCAUUCAUUCCGGGACUUAGUUGUUUUGAAUUUGAAAGAUCACAAAAAAUGGAGAACAAUUCUUGUUAUUUAUGAAUGGCGAAAGUGAGUUGCCAUAAUACUGAAAUUUUUGUCUUUGUCGGAUGGCAAAAAGUCAGAAAAAUAUCGUUUUCUCGCAAUUUCUCAAUUUAUUCCGGAAUUAACUUAGGAGUCGUUGACAUAUUACGUAAUUACUGAGGGGGGGGGGGGGGGGGGGGUGGGGGCAAUAGCUAUGUGUGGUGGGGUUAAAAAUUGGCCAAAAAGUGAUUACGUAUUAUGUGAACGGUCCCUUGUGGUGAAUGGCUAUGACCCCCCACCCCAUCUUGUACAACGUCUGUCCACUUUACCUCAUUAUUGGUCCAAUAUUGGUUACUCGUUCGCAGUCACCUGCCUUAGUUACCAGGUAACCUACUUAGUUACCUGUACAUUUUGAUAUGUUUUGUGGAAUUCUUGUUUUGGGAAAUUACUAACAAAUAAAUGAAAUUGAUUAUGAAAAGUUUGUAAUCUGCAGAUAGUUAUUGUUUAUUUACACAUAGUAACAGUCGAGCUUAAAUUGUAUCUUAGCUUUUAGUUUUAUGUUUAA